CUUAAGGCAUCCUUCCUUCCCUAACAGUCGUGUACAAACUGCUUGCAAGUUGCAACAACCUCACCUUAUGGUCAUCCUUUCCAUGCAAUUCCUAGGUCAUUCAUCAUAUCCAAGUCAUUGGUUGAUUAUACCUUGUAUACAGCGCAGGCAACUGGAUUUGCAUGACCCAAUUUUAAAUUGGCCGAUAGUCUAUCCGUUUAUCAAUUAUAAACACCGAAUAAAUAAAUAAAGAUCAGCAAUCAUCUGGGCAAAAAUUGGGUUGUGUCAUUCCUCCACUGAAGCCAAUUUUCAUUGGGAUGAGGAAGUGAACACUAACGCAAAACCAAAUGCACCAAAGGACCAGGGGUGCAGGGGAAGUUCACGUGUAGAAACCUUGUUGGGCCACGUGGGAAGCUGCUAAUGGUGACCUGAAAAGAGGAAGUUGGCCGUUUCCUCCUCCUGGACACUACCAACAAAAUAGCAACUGGUGACAUUUGUUUCGGUGCUCCUAUUUUUGUAAGAGUAUACAAACAAGAAAAACUGGGUCUCUGCAGACUUCCGGUUCCCGAGUCUUUUGUUUUUCUCUCUUUCUUUCUUUCUUGGUGUUGCUUUUUCUCCCCUCUUUGGAAGGGAAGAAACUAAAAGAUUGUGUUGGAAGUGAGGUGCACCAUUAGGAUUAUCAGGUCAUUUUUUGUUUUCCUUGUUUACAAAGAAAAGGAACUCCAGUUUUAUCAAGUCUGGGAGAGAUAACACACAGGGAGACAGAGAACCUUGUUUUUUGUUUUCAUUUUUCAUUUGCAAGAAAUCAGAUAAAAGGUUGAGGGACAGAAAAGGUGCUUUAGGUAUAUCGCCUUUUUAUGUCUAGAAAGUCUAUAUUCUUUGUAUGUUAAGUUGUUACCUAGGCAUGUUCUUUGAUCUCUCAAGCUUAGAGAGACUUGAUAAGCUUUUUCUUAAGGAAGGAAGGAUAAAAAUCUGUUUCUAGUUUGAGCAGGGAAGGAGGGAGAAGAUUCAGAGCCGUGCAAGAAAAAAAGACUACAGCUGUCCUGUUCAUGCUGCUUGUGUAUAAAAGAAGGAAACAGAGACAGAGUUGGGAGUUCCGGACAUAAACAAGAAACCUUCAUAUUUCUGUUGUGUCUGGAGAAUGAGAUUUGGAGCAUAAUGGACUUCUGGCCAGAGUUUCUUGCAAGUAGCUGGGGAAGAGAAUUUAUGGCCGGAGGGCUUGGUGGCAUGGCUGGUAUCAUCUCUGGUUAUCCACUCGACACCCUCAGAAUCCGGCAACAAAGCUCAAAUUCAGGUUCCGCCCUUAGCAUCCUGCGCCGGGUUGUCGCGACGGAAGGACCUGGUGCACUCUAUAGAGGCAUGGGUGCACCAUUGGCAUCAGUCACCUUUCAGAAUGCUAUGGUUUUCCAGAUAUAUGCUAUUCUUUCACGAGCAUUUGACUCAUCUGUUUCAUCCACUGACCCUCCUGCCUACAAAGGUGUUGCUCUGGCAGGAGUUGGAACUGGGGCCCUACAGAGCAUAAUGCUCUCUCCAGUAGAACUAGUAAAAAUCCGCCUCCAAUUGCAGAAUACCAGCUAUCCAACUCUCCAAUUGCCCAGAGCCCAUACAGGGCCAGUUGGUGUUGCUAAAAGCAUACUGAAAACAGAAGGCUUAAGGGGACUAUACCGGGGUUUUACCAUCACUGUCCUUAGAGAUGCACCUGCUCAUGGCUUCUACUUUUGGACGUAUGAGUAUAUGCGAGAACAGCUUCAUCCAGGGUGCAGAAAGAGUGGCCAAGAGAGUCUGAGAACAAUGCUGAUAGCAGGAGGUUUAGCAGGGGUUGCUAGCUGGAUUUGCUGCUAUCCCUUAGAUGUUGUAAAGACCAGAGUGCAGGCUCAGUCACCAUCCUCCCCACAAAAGUACAAUGGUAUCAUUGAUUGCCUCCAGAAAAGUGUAAAACACGACGGAUUUGGCGUCCUAUGGCGAGGACUAGGAACUGCUGUUGCUAGAGCUUUUGUAGUGAAUGGGGCUAUAUUUUCUGCUUACGAGAUUGCAUUGAGGUGUUUAUUCAACAAUGGAAACAUUCAGACAGAGAACACAAUCGAGAAUAAUCUGGACAAUACUUAAAGAGGAUCAAAGAUAUAGACCAUGUAAUGGUAAUUCAAUCACAACUUAUUUAUAGCUUAUAAGAGCAGGCUAAGAUUCAGGUAUAAUAUCACAUGAUAUUGAAGGACUGCUAGAUUCUGGAUAUAAAUGUUUCCAAAAAGAGAAACAAUUGAAAAAAUUGAAGUUA